AUGGCGCCCUCCAAAGAAAACAUUCAUAAAAAUCUCCCCGUGCCAGCACACAGCAGCAGCGUUGCGACAUCAGCGCCUAGUUCUGUGCCACAUGGAGAAGCUACGGUCGACACUGGUUUUGCCAGCCGUGAUCGGUUUGAUCACGAGCACCCAAGAUUGCCUCGAAUUCUUGCUACGCUGCAUAAGACAGCAGAUCCUGGUCCUGGCUAUGCCGUGGAUGUCAUGCGUCUGGUACAGGCCGAGAUCAAAGAUCAUCCGUGCCGUGAGCAGCUUCCCUGGAAUCCCACGCCGCCAUCAGGAAAACAUCGAGAGCUGCGCCGAUUGUGCUUUGCCAUCUGCCAAAACAUACCACCGCAUUAUUUCCCUCAUAUGCCAAGUCGCAUCCAUCGUGAGGAAAAGUGGAAAGUCCACCAGGAUCACUUUUUGCACGGCAUAUUGAACUUUUUGAGAUCUGAACGUGUACAAGCAGUCCUCUCUCCACCCACACCACAUGUAGACCCGUCCCCGGAACUACACGAGGGACGAUCCUUGCCUAGUCGUCCUCGGAUCAAAAAGGAGAUUGUCGAUGUCUCGUGGCUCAACCAUGACGAGACUUCAUCUGAUUCGGCUUCUCGCUUGAUUAACACCCCUUCUCGUACUGGUCAUCCUAAGGACCACCAGAAACAGAUCUCGUUGGCUCGCCAUCACGCUGAGGAAUUAGGUUCAGAGGCCGAGCCAUCGAUGCCAACACCAAUGGGAAAGAAAGGGAAACAGAGAGCAGUUUCUCCUCACGUCCACGAAAGGAUGGAACAACUCGACCUAGGCGCGACUGAAAGACGCCCUGUCAUCAGCAAUACAAAUGCGCCGCUACCGACAAGAACCUCCUCCGGGACUACCAAGACCAAAGGCAUGAAGGAGACCACCAAGCUGAAAUCGGUGCAGAAAAAGAAGCGGCUUGCAGCGGCCAUGACAGAGCCCGAACCUGAAUCACGGCCAGCCAAACGCCAAGCAGUACGACCUUCCAACCUUGCAGAACAGGAUGACUCUUCAUCUGAAAUUGAAGAAGUCAAAAUUGUAUUGCCUCGACCUGGACGUCGGGACCCCAAAGACAUCAUUAUCACGGAUCUUCAAGAGCAAAAUACAUUUCUUAAGAACAUGUUUCUCUAUGGGGCCGGUGUCAGCGAGGUGGAUAUUUUAACGUACAGAGCACGCGUCAAAGACCUCAACCAAGAUCAUCGUACCGCGUGGAAGACGUUGUAUGCGUCCAUAGUUGCACGUGCGAAUGCCGACAGAGCGAAUGAUUAG